UGAACAAUCGUAGUUGGACUGUGACAGUGAGUGAGAGAGAAAUUGUAUUGUGAAAGAGAGAUAAUAGCCCGUGCGCUAUCUAUCUAUACGUAAUCGUGACCAUUGUGAACCUUUUAAUUUUGUUAUAUAUCUUUGGUAAAUUUUAUGUUUUGUUUGAAUAUACAUUUUUGUUACUUCGAACAUUUGUGACUUGUCGAGGACUACAUUUUGGAGGCGAAUUCUCGACAUAGUGGCACCUCCUGAACGGGAUUCUACUGAAUCUGUGAUAUGAAUAUGGACGGGAAAGAGUUGACAAAUCUCGAAACGAAGCUAAUUACGCAGCUGGAAAUCGCAACAGAAAAGUCAAAAACAUUGCUGAGCUCCAGGUAAGCGAGUAGCAAUUAAGCGACACCUCGACGCGUUACAAACAACGGCCAACGAGGCCAAUGAGUGCAGACGCACUGUUGAGGCAUUUAAAAUCACAAACAAAGAAGAGCUUUCAGAAAUCAAAAAAUGGAACGAUGACUUAGAUUUAAAGUUUGAGCCCGCUGACGCGGCUAUUCAAAACCUAGAACAUUUUCUUGCUGAGGCUAAAAAGGCCGAAAAGUUUGUGACGCACGAGGAAGAGUUAAAGCAUGAAAUGAUACUGCAUGAAAAGAGAAUGGAAAUGCAAGCCGAACUGUCUUCUGCCUCGUCUUCAUCCCCCAAACAUCAAAAGGAAUGUAAAGAAUCCGAAGUAUUUUCAGCUGGAACUGCAAAAUUACCCAAACUCGUUAUCGCAAAGUUUGGUGGCUCUUUUACUGACUGGCCAAAGUUCUGGGGACAAUUCACUGAAGCGAUUGACAAAAGUUUGUUAGCGCCAAGAAGUUUACGUAUCUGUUAGAGCUGCUUGAACCAAACGUAAAACGCGGUGUCGAAUCUCUUCCAUUUAGCCCUGAGGGGUAUAAUAGAGCAAAAGUAAUUUUGAAAGAUAAAUACGGCAAAGAGUCAGAAAUAGAGAAAUGCUAUGUGAAGGAAAUUUUGGAUUUACCAAACAUUCUGGGAGCCAAUCCCCGUAAGAUCGCUAACUUUUGUGAUAAACUUACGCAUUCAGUUCAAGCGCUCGAGACGAUGGGCAAACUUAGUAAUGUUAACGGGAACGUAUCAAUGACCCUUGAUAAACUAUCGGGAAUUCGGGGGGAUUUGGUGCGCAACAACCCUGAGUGGGAUGCAUGGGAUUUUAUCAAACUAACUGAUGCCGUGAAUCAUGGGCAAAGAGAAACCCCGUAACUAGCUCUGGAGGGGAACGGGAGGAGAACAAUGCAAGAAAACUCUUCCAUUCUCAAAAUCAGCGAUUUGUGCCCAGGGGAUGUGUUUACUGCGGCGAUUUGAGCCAUAAAGCCGUCCAAUGCGAAAAAAUCAGUGAUGUAGGCGAAAGAAAGAAAAUACUGGCAAGAAAGGGUCUUUGUUUUAAUUGCGCAACGAAACCCCAUCGCGCUGCUGAUUGUACAAGUAAAUCUGCCUGCAGCCAAUGCGGCAAACGUCAUCACUCAUCCAUUUGUGAUCAAGCUAAACAUGCGUCCGGUGAUAAGAAGUUGAUGACAGAUGGUGGCAGUGGUGAGGGCAUAUUUCCUGUAGUUGUGAUUAAAGUAAAUGGUUUAACAUGCCGCGCGUUGAUAGACUCUGGCGCCGGGAGCGAGUUUAUCUAUUGGUCGAGUGUCGAGGGUCGAGGGUUAAAUGUCGAGGGCGAGGGUAAAAAGUCGAGGGCGAGGGUAAAAAAUCGAGGGUAAAAAGUCGAGGGUUAAAAAAGUCGAGGGUAAAAAGUCGAGAAUUAAAAAAGUCGAGGGUUAAAAAAUCACAAAAAAUACCAUAUUAAGAUCAGGUAACCGCUUUGGAUAAGGCUAUAACGACGUCUACGUGUCUUCUUGGCAGUAUUGUUAUACGAGCACUUUUACUGAACCAAAUAUAAUAUAUCAAACCUAUAAUAUGCGUUCCACGCACAUAUACUAGGCCUAUAAUAUAUACGACAGGUGGCGUAUUCUGCGUUUUAAAUGUACUAAUAUGCCACAGCGUGGUUUUGCGUUCUGAUGCAUUUGCAUGCAGCCGUGCAGACAGCAAUACAAUCAGUUAUAUAUUGUUUAUUUUCUACACAAACUACAGUAUAUUACAUACUAAUCAGAAAAUUUUCUUAAAACAAGUUUUUUUUUUCUUAAAAUAAGAAAAUGAUUUUUUGCUGUGCAUCACUUAGGCCCCGCCCCGUAAAGACUGGAAAUAUUUCCUUGACAAAUUUUAUUUGCUCGUGUGUACGGCAAAACAAUGACAAUUUUCCCAUGCCAAGGAGCCUUAUUCCAAAGCUAGUGAUAUCAUAAUGGCUUUGGCAGACAAAAGGCGGCCUGGACGUGAGAUAAUUGUUUAACAACAUUCCGUGCACACCAACAACAAAACUUGUGCAAGGGAAACUUAUCAGGAAAACUUGUUUACCAAUACACGAGAGAGUAGAACUCGCUCUCUGUAGAAAGCUUUACCUAUUUUCUGUUAAUUUUUUUUAUUUCAACACCCAUUCGCCGGGUAUAACCCAUAGAGAUACCUGCGGAGGAGGCUAAAUCUGUAUUUAAAUGAUUUUUUCUCCUGUAUAGGUGCUUCCCCGAAUCCAUUCGUUGGCUUCUGAUCAAUAAUCGUGUUGACCAGGCAGAGACAGUCGUCAGAAACAUCAGUACUUUCAACAAGAUUCCUUUCCCGCAAGAGAUAUUUGAUAAAACGGUUAAUGAAAUUAAUGUUCAGAAGACGGAGGUGAAUAGGUCUGAUAUCAAGAGUUAUACAAUUGUUGAUAUUUUUAGAUCAAGUGUGUUGAGGAAACGAUCUUUGAUUAUGAUGGUUAUUUGGUAAGUACUGACUGGCACAGUAUAGGUCAGGUAUAGAUCUGGGUAAAGUUAAACUCCCGAUUAAGAUUUAUCAGUGAAACCAAGACAUUCCUCUAAGUUGAGAUAAAGAAACUGUAACUGAGAUUAAAAAAAAGUCCUGAUUAAUUAAUAUGAGAUCAAGAAAUUGUGACUGAGAUAAAAAAAACAACUCGUGAUAUCAAGAAAGGUGAUAUCAAAAAAGUCCAACUAAGUUCGAGAAACUCCAACUGGGAUCAAUACACACCUCAUGACCAAGAAACUCCUGAUUAAGGUGAAAUCAAGAAACUCCUGAUCAGGUCGAGAUCAAGAAACUCCAACUGAGAUCACGAAACUUCACCUGAGAUAAAGAAACUCCAACUGAGAUCAAGAAACUCCUGAUCAGGUCGAGAUCAAGAAACUCCAAAUGAAAUAAAGAAACUCCAAUUAAGAUCAAGGACUUCAACCCAGAUGAAGAAACUCCUGAUGAUCAAGAAACUCGUGAUUAAGGUGAUAUCAUGAAGAAUCAUCAACUGAGACCAAGAAACUCCAACAUGUUCAGAACACUGCAGCUAGAAUAGUAACAAGGACCAGCAGAAGAGACCAUAUUAAUCGUUGGUACAUGGAAGAUUGUUGUUAUGCCGCAUUUAAGAGCUUCCUCGCGUACAGAUUGCAUGCUUACAUUCAGUAUUGGUUCAAACAAGUUUUUUUCGUUUGUACUCUCGUAAAAUACAGUUAAAUCGCAGUCUGAAACUUCUAAGCGUUUAUUAAAACACAAAAACAACAUUUCGAUGCUAGUUUGGGUUUCUUUUAAGAUUAUUUGUUUAAUCUUUGAAUAUAAAAUCCGUUGGUUUUACUCUAACAAACAUCGCAGAUAUUAAUUCUACAGCAUUAACACUGGAUCAAUAAGUCAUUUCUCGAUCUCUAGGGAAAAUGUUUAGAACUGACAGAACUACCCAGCAUGAAUUUAAUGACCGCUGUAUAUCCACUAUACACACAUAACCAUUUCGUAACCUUUCAGGUUUUCGACAUCCAUGGGUUACUAUGGACUGACAUUGAACAUCGCAAGUCUUGCCGGAAAUAAAUACUUAAACUUCUUCAUCAGUGGAGCAUUGGAAAUUAUCAUCAUUACUGCAACCAUGUUUGUCCUAAACAGGUGUAUUGAGUGGUAUAUUGAAGAAUACAGUCAAGCAUCUCCGUACAGAAACCUCAUUAAUACGGUGUCCUCUCUAAUACAAACACCUCUCUAAUACAAGCACCUCUCUAAUACAGACACGUCUCUAAUACAAACACCUCUCUAAUACAGGAACCUCUAAAUACGGACACCUCUGUAAUAUGAACACCUUUCUAAUACGGACACAUCUCUUAAACGGAAACCUCACUAAUACGGACUCCUCUCUAAUACAGAAACCCCUCUAACACACACACAACUUUCUAAUACGCGGACAUCUCUCUAAUACCGACACUUCUCUGUCUUCUCUAAUACGAACACCUUUAAUAAAAACACCUCUCUGUUACGGACACCUUUCUAUUACGGGAAGUUUCCAAUAUCUCUAUAUAUUCUCUGGAUAUACUACAACGGCAAAAUUCUGGACUUAAAUUAAUUUCCGCCUGUAAAAUUACUUCUUGCACUAAAGACACAAGUGAGUACUUGUUAGAAAGAAAAAGCUUUGAAACAAGACCAAAUUCACUUCAUAAGAAUUAAUAUAGCUUUUAAAUUAUUAAGCAUAAAAGAUGGUUUCCUUUUACAUGCAGCCUGUAUGGCUGACUGUUUGUGAAGCAUGGAAAGUAAUGGUUUAUUAUAUUUCAUCUAGGUUUGGACGACGCAGGCCAUUGUGUGUUUAUUAUUUUAUCGGUGGAACGGCUCUUAUUAUUGCAGGAGCAUUGCCAAAGUCGAACAGUAAGAUAUUUGAUGUUACCUUGACUUAUUCACAGAUGACUGUUUAUAGUUUAUUUCGUCUUUACACCAGCUUUAGUUCCAGACUGCCAUUUCCAACAUCAGUACUUACUAUGUAGAUUUUCGUUUACCCGGCAAUAAUCCCAGACUGACCCGAGGUCUGCUGCGCGGAUUCUUUUCCUCCACAUCAGUUCCUUGAUAUUUAGAUCCUCUUUUACCUAACAGUAAGAUAUUAUAAUAUUUCCUUUACUUUUUCACAGAUGAUAGUUUAUUUCUUUUUCAAGCCAGUUUUAGUCCCAGAUUGGGAUUCGUUUCCUCCAUUCUUUUCCAUCCUUUGUUAUUUCCGCAAUCAUUUUCUUAGUAUGGUCGGGUUCUUCUCCAUUGCUUUCCGACCCUAAUAAUUUUCACCUUAGAUCUUUCAGCUCUGAUCAAAGAUUGACCCAUGCAAGGUCGAUAGCUCCGACUCUUUUCUUCAUCUCGUCCUGUCCCUUGUCAUUUCUACCAUCAGUUUAUUGUUGAUUACACUGUAGAUAUUCUUUUACAGAAUAAACCAACUUUAUUACAUGCCUUUUUAUUACGUGUCUAUACCAUCUCAGCCUUUUUUCUCUCACUUUCCGUACAACGUCCACCAUCUUACGUCUUCUGAUCUCUUCAUUCCAUGUCUGAUCGACCAUCUUUUAUCUUCUCUUAUUUUACUUCCAUAUAUCAUCUCUCAGCCUUGUUUUCCGCAUUAUCUCUACAGUCUGUAGUCUCUAUAGACCACUACACACUUUCUUCUAAUCUCUUUACUGCCCUUAACCACUUAACACGUACUGUUCUUGGCAAAGUCGAAGGCGAAAAUAGCAGUAUAAAAAGCUAAGUUUCAGCCAUCCAGAACUAGGACCUGUUCUCCCUGUUCUCGUGAGAUUAGUAUUCGCCAUUUGUACAUCCAUCUUGUUACAGAAAGUAUCCAGACCCUUGUGACUGUCUUUGCGAUAGUAGGAAGAAUGUUCCUGACUGGAAAUUUUGCGAACAUUUAUAUCUAUACUUCUGAAUUUUAUCCUACUACGAUGCGGUAUGUAUUCAAUCAAUAAUCACCCUCAUUAAAUAAAUUAAGUAUUAAAUAAAUAUCAUUUCAUUAUCACUCUCAGUUUGAGAUAGGAAGGUCGUAUUAUGUUUUAUACAAUUCUUACUGUAGGAACGUAGGUUAUGGAGCAGGGUCAUUCUUGGCAAGAAUUGGCGGCAUUGUAGCACCACAAAUUUUGUUACUGGUAUGUUACUAACGUGUCAAAAGCUUAGGAGUGUUAAGGGUCCCUAGCUGCGCAAAAAUGGUUAAUCUAUUCUUUUUUCGCCCCAUGUAAUACCAUCCAUGCGCUCCUUGGAUUCCGGAUUCUGCUCCUUGGAUUCCGGAUUCCGCUACUUGGAUUCCGGAUUCCUCCGAUGUUUAGAUUCUGGAUUCCACUGUCUGGAUUCCGGAAUGCAAAAUUAUUAAAAGUUGGAUUCUGGAUUCGUGGAUUACCUUACAUGAGGCGACUUUUUUCAUUAAUUAAUUAGCAUAAACUCGAUCCAAAUUAGCAAAGGAAAGUACAUAAUUAAGGAUUAACAAUACUCGUCAGUCGUGAUGUUAAAUUAUGAGACAAAAUUCACACACUUUGAUCAAAUUUGCUCCCAAGCGUAAUUUUGGUGGACUAAUCAGAUGUUAGGAGUGUAGUUGCAUUCCUGGACGUUUUGAGAUAAAAACAUGAAACCUUUUUUGGGGGCGAGGAGGCUUCAAUUAAACAUCCAUGGUUUUGGUAAUAUAUUUUUGUAUUAAAACGCACAUUUCAUUAUCUGUUAUCGGAUAUGAUGUAACAGUAUAAAUUAGACGGACAAACCUAUCAUAUAUAACGAUCAUGGCAUCAUAUUUCGUGUUACAUGCAGCACUGCAGGAAUUUAAUAAUAUUUUUUCCAUAGGGCGAAUACACAGGUGAGGCCGUACCUUUUAUUAUAUUUGGUGGGAUGAUUCUGAUGUGCGGUGCACUUGCCCUUUUGCUACCAGAAACUUUGAAUGUGAAACUGCCGGAGACACUGGAGGAUGUACAAAAAUUUGAAAUGCCACAAGAAGGAAAGGAAAAGAUGAGCAUUGUAAUUGGGAAAGAAAAUCUCGAACUUGCCUCUUGA